AAGUCCCUCUCAAAAGAUCAGCAGCGUCUCAGGAAAGAGGCUAGACCAGAGGAGAUCCGGAAGCAACCAUGAGCAACAUCAAACAUUGGAAGAGCAACAGCCCAGCAAAUAAAAAAUCGAAGUCUACGAAAAACAUCAGGUACUUCACUGAUGUGCACGGGCUACCGUGCAUUGAGAAGAUGGUGAGUUCAGUGGAGGAAACGCCUGAACCCAUCAGCUGCUUCAUCACAGGCACAAUCCCAGAUUGGAUCAAAGGAAACUUCCUGAGAAACGGACCUGGGAAAUUUGAGAUUGGCAACCAGAGGUUCAACCACUGGUUUGACGGCAUGGCUCUCCUGCAUCAGUUUAAAAUAUCAAACGGACAGGUCACCUACAAAAGCCGCUUCCUCUCAAGCGACAGCUACCAAUCCAACCAAGAGCACAACAGAAUUGCUGUGUCAGAGUUUGGGACGGUCACCAUGCCAGAUCCUUGCAAGAACUUCUUCCAGCGCUUCCUGUCCAGGUUUGAGCUACCAAAACUCUCUGACAACGCCAACGUGAGUUUUGUAACCUACAAAGGAGAUUACUACGUCAGCACAGAAACCAACAUCAUGCAUAAGUUGGACCCCGAGACCCUGCAGUCCACCGAAAAGGUGGACUGGAGCAAAUUCAUUGCUGUGAAUGGAGCAACUGCACAUCCUCACACAGAGCCUGAUGGAACAACGUACAACAUGGGAAACUCCUACACCCCCAAAGGAGCAUACUACAACAUCAUCCGAGUGCCCGCAAGCAAACAGGCAGAGGGGGAAACCCUGGAGGGAGCCUCCGUGCUGUGCGCCAUUCGCUCCUCAGAGAAGACCAAGCCUUCUUACUACCACAGCUUUGCAAUGUCUGAGAACUACGUGGUGUUCAUAGAGCAGCCAAUCAAGAUGGACCUAUUGAAAAUUGCAACUGGGAAGCUGACAGGGAAAAGCAUCAGUGAUGGUUUCUCCUGGGAGCCCAAAUCCAACACAGUCUUCCACCUGAUUCAUAAAGACACCGGAAAGGUGAGCCCCAUCAAAUAUUUUGCCAAGGCGCUGUCAACGUUCCACCAGAUCAAUGCUUUUGAGGAGGGGGGCUUCCUGAUUAUAGACAUGUGCGCAUCCGACGAUGGCCGUGCAAUCACAAACUAUAAGGUCCAGAACCUGCGCAAGAGUGGUGAAGCUCUUGAUGAGGUUUACAACACUUUGUGCAGAGUCUUCCCGCGGCGUUUUGUGCUUCCUCUCAACAUCGACUCCCAAACGCCCUUCAACCAGAACCUGGUCCACCUGGCCAACAUCACAGCCACCUGCGUCAGAAUCGGCUCAAACAAGGUGUUUUGCACCCAUGAGGACCUCCAUGGAGAGGAACUCCAUCACUAUGGGGGCCUAGAGUUCCCACAGAUUAACUACGGCAAGUACAACACCCGUCCCUACCGCUACUUCUACGGCUGUGGCUUCAGACACUUGGUAGGAGACACGCUGAUCAAAAUGGAUCUCCACAGGAAGAGCAUGAAGGUGUGGGAACAUGCGGGUCUGUAUCCCUCUGAGCCGAUCUUUGUUCCUUCACCUGACGCUACGGAGGAAGACGAUGGUGUCAUCCUGUCUGUGGUCAUCACUCCAAACAAGGACAAAAGUACUUUCCUUCUUGUUUUGGAUGCAAAGAGCUUCGAGGAGUUGGGCAGGGCUGCAGUGUCUGUGAACAUCCCGUACGGCUUCCACGGAGCGUUUAGCGCCACAACAUAAGCAUGAGGGGGAGAAAGAGGUUCAGGGAGCGCCUGACCUGCACCGUACCAUGUCAGCGCCAAGUAACCAUAAAACCAGCUGACACCUGGAAACUCAGUGCUUGACAGUCCUACUCCGAUCAUCUUUUGAUCUAUUUUCAAAGCGUUCCCAGUGACCUUUUAUUGAUGAUCAUGCCGUUCCAAGCCAAAAUCAAAACACCAGUGUUAUUUUUUAAAACAUAGUUUCUGCAGAGCGGCAGUAGUAGUUAGAAACACACCUUUGGACACAGAGUAAGCCUGCCCCUGCCCUCAUUCCAUUAUCCAUUUGUCUACAUUAGCUUAUAGACCCUCACAACCCAAACCUAGUGGUGCAACAACAAUGGCGAGCUCUCCAGCCUUAUAGUUGUGAACCAGAUGCCAGCUCGGACAGGGAAAACAAAGACGUACAUCUAGUCGUCUACAAGUGGAUGGAUCAGAAUAGAGUGACAGGAGUUUUUUUGCCCCGCCCAGCAAAUACGAUCUUUUUCAAAGAG